AAAAUGGCAAUCUACACUGGUGAUAUUAAAAAUCUAUACGACUUUGACAAGGCUAUUGAAGGGGUGGCCAGGGGCUCACAAACUCUGGAUAUCACCGAUAAAUGCCUGCAAUUGUGUCGCAAGUAUUUGCCUGGAGUUUGGACUCAAGUGACCGAUAAUGACAUUCGCGUCACUCGUAUGACCGGCGGACUCACGAAUCAGAUAUAUUUGUGUGAAAUCUGUGAUACUAUAACUGAUGGACAGUUAGGUCAACAACCCCGGGAUAUCAUCAUUAGAUUGAACGGUAAUACCUACGACCAGACGUUUCGUAUGACAGAUAACCCGCGGUUUAACGACACGAUUAUAGCGCCACUGGUGUCGCAAACGGGUUUAGGACCACAACUAUAUGGUAUGGAUCCCAGCGCCCAAGUACUCCGAUAUUACAAGCACCGGACGUUUGACAUACGAGACAUUAACGAUCCCCAACUCUUACGAGAAUUAGCGCAAAAGUUGGCCCGAGUUCACGCCCUCCCGGCACCGGUAGCUCGCAAUGAGAACUACAUCGAGAUGUUUGUCCAUAACAACGCUAAACUAAUUACCGCUGAGUUUGUAUCCCAACUGAUAUCCCUGUGCUCUCGACACCAGUGCCACCACUUAAUGGGGUUUGACAUAAGACGUGAGAUCGCAGACAUGACUGAUUACAUCGCCCGGCAUUACACGGACUGCCCGCUAGUGUUCAGUCAUAACGACUUCAGAGGGGGUAAUGUUUUGGUGACUGAGGGGUCGGGACUAGUAUUGACUGAUUUCGAUCACUCGACCUAUGGUUGGCGUGGCUUUGAUUUCGGCGAGUUUUUCGCCUCAUUUAUCACAGAAACGGACGAUUUUUCGAAAGGCUUUCCCAUGGAGUCGACCAUUAGGUCAUUUGUUGAACACUAUAGGACUGAAUGCCAACAAUGGUUUGGAUCAGACUAUGGGCUAAAAGUGUAUAAUUCGACGGAUUAUAUGGUAAAUGAGAUCAAGUUUUUCAUUUUGUUUGACUAUUUGGUUGUCAUCUCGUGUUUCGUGUUGAAUGACGUGAGGGAUGGCCUACCCAUGGAUGAGAGGACUAUUAUGUCGGCGUUGGAC